CAAUUAUUACGCACUCGACGACAUAGACACGCGUUACGAACUCACUCCUUGUUUCCCCUUCCCUUCUCCUCGAUUGAACAUGGUCGCUGCUGUUUCGCUGGCUGACAUUGCGUCGCGCGUGGUCCGCCCCGGCCAGCGCGUGCUGCUCCUCGCCAACCCGGCCAUCGCGUCGGCUGCCAUUGUCGAUGCACUGCAGCUCCUCAACGGCGUCGUCGGCACGGACUCGUCGGCGCCCGUCGCGCUCGAGCAGGCCGACCGCCUUCUCCAAGUGAGCUUGGCUGCAUCGUCGUUUGAUGUCGUGCUCGCGGGAGUACUCGCCCCGCACGUCGAGUGGCACGACAGCGAUCUGCUUGCAGAGCUCGCGCGCAUUCUCAAGCCAUCGGGAUGCCUUGUUCUCGUCGAGCCCGUCCUCGAGACUCAGACACGCUUCCAACACCGCACAACGGACGCUCUGCCGGGCGCAUUGCGCCUCGCUGGCCUGGUGGAGGUUGCCGAGUUUGCCCCCACUGUGCCUGCUUCUCAGGAGGAGGUUGCGCAGUUUGCCAACUACUGGGCGCGCGGUGAUGCGGAAGCGCUGACCACCCUGCAGACGUCGCUUCGCAUCACUGCCGUUGUCGCAAAGAAGCCUGCCUACGAGGUCGGCCACUCUGCCCAACUCCCGCUGUCAUUCAAGAAGAAGCAACCUGUUGCUGCUGCUGCUGCUGCAACUACUACGACGACAACCGCGCCCGCUCCGACCAAGAGCGCCGCUGCCGUCUGGAAGCUCGAUUCGGACGACGUCUUUGGCGACGAUCUUCUCGACGACGAGAAGGAUUUGCUCACUGCGGCCGAUUUCGCCCGACCAGCGCGCGCUCCCGCUCCACGAGAUUGUGGCACAGACAACACUGGCAAGGCCAAGGCCUGCAAGAAUUGCUCGUGCGGUCUUGCCGAGGAAUUGGCCGCAGAAGCCGCUGCUGGCGGCCCCAAGCCCGGUGCAGCCUCCACCUUCAAAUCUUCCUGCGGCAACUGCUCGCUUGGCGACGCGUUCCGCUGCUCUAGCUGCCCAUACCUCGGCAUGCCGGCAUUCAAGCCCGGCGAACAGGUCAAGUUGAACGAUCGUCAACUUCGCGCCGACGCUUAGAACUCUUUGUUAUGACUUGCUGGAUAUGAUGGGUGGUUUUGUUGUGUUGUUUUGAUGAUUACUGAAUUGACAUUUUAUUUGCGUUUUACUGCUUCAAGGACCCCCUGCUUGGUGUCAUUGGAUGCGUAGCAAACACCAAAACGCGUUGUUGCCACUUUGGCCCUCUCGCA